AUGCUCCUCUCCCUAAACUGUAGCACUGCCAUACCCACUCCAUUGUACAGACAUCUCAGGCCUUCGGCCUCGAAGUGCCCGAGAUUCUUUGGUCAGCCAAAGAUUCACAAACCAGAUAAACCGCUCCGCCCUAUUGUCUCCUCUCGAGGUUCCCCUACCUACAACCUCGCCCAACACUUGACUAAGCUUUUACACACACUUGUGGGCAAAACACCUCACCAUGUACCCAAUUCAGCAGGGUUUAUCGAUAUUAUCAAGGGAAUUGAAUUACAGUCAUCCGAUAUAUUAGUGAGUUUUGAUGUCAAAUCUCUUUUCACUAACGUACCCACCGAUGAAGCUUGCCAAAUAACCAAAGCGGUACUAGAACAAGAUGAAACUCUUACCGAUCGAACCAGCCUAACGCCAGACCAGAUUCAUGAUCUAUUAAUGACAUGCGUGAAGUCCACAUACUUCCAAUGGAGAGAUGGAUAUUACAGACAGGCUUUAAGAACUCCCAUGGGGUCUCCUAUUUCCCCAGUCUUAGCGAACAUUUUCAUGGAAGAUUUUGAACAGAAAGCCCUGGGUACCGCUCGACUCAAACCCAAACUUUGGCUCCGAUAUGUGGAUGACACGUUCAUCAUUUGGUCACAUGGAUUGGAAAACCAUGAUGACUUCCUUAGUCACAUUAACCGCCAACACCCUAACAUUCAGUUCACCAUGGAAACUGAGACAUCCGAUUCAUUACCUUUCCUUGAUGUACUCAUUUCCAAGAAGACUGAUGGUUCUCUAGCACACUCCGUGUACAGAAAACCCACCCAUACAGACCGCUACCUCAACGCUCGGUCAUUCCAUCCUCCUUCUGUGAAAGCCUCAGUGAACCGGACCCUACUUCAAAGGGCACACAUUAUUUGUGAUAAGGAACAUUUACCUAAUGAACUGGAGCACCUUAACACAGUGCUAAAAGAGAAUGGGUAUAAACCAAACAAAAGAGAGUCCCUUUCAAAACACAACUCUCAGUCUGCACAAUCCAAAGAUAUGCCCAUUGCGGUCCUUCCGUACAUUGGUCAUACCUCACACAAAAUUCAACGGAUCCUCCGUGAGGCCGAAAUCAAGGUCUACUACUGA